AUGCGGAAGUUGAGUGAACUCUGUCUGCUGGCUGAGUCAUCUCUGCCGUUGCGCAAGGCUGUGCUGGGUCUCUUAGAGAUUAUUUCAGGGCUUGAGGGCAUCUUCUGCGCGCAGGACGAGACUGUGGAAGUGCUGACUGUCAAGUUGGACAGGCUAAUCGGGGACUUUAGUGCGCACGUGACCCUUCUAAACUCCAUGAUCACGCGUAUAGUGCACACGAACCAGUCUGUCUCGCUUAUACCUCUACAAACUGUUUUCUCGGAGGCCUCCUUUUUUAACACUAACAUGGAGACUAGAUUGCACAACUGA